ACGGGGAGCCCAGGAAGCCUCUGCCUCAGACAUGCUGCUGCUGCUACUGCUGCCCCUGCUGUGGGCAGGGGCCCUGGCUAUGGAUCCAAAAAUCUGGCUGCAAGUGCAGGAGUCAGUGACAGUACAGGAGGGUUUGUGCGUCCUCGUGCCCUGCACUUUCUCCCAUCCCAUACCCCACUACGACAGGAAUUCCCCAGUUCAUGGUUACUGGUUCCGGGAAGGAGCCAUUGUAUCCUGGGACUCUCCAGUGGCCACAAACAAGCUAGAUCAAGAAGUACAGCAGGAGACUCAAGGCCGAUUCCACCUCCUUGGGGAUCUCAGUAGGAACAACUGCUCCCUGAGCAUCAUGGAUGCCAGGAGGAGGGAUAAUGGUUCAUACUUCUUUCGGAUGGAGAGAGGAAGAACAAAAUACAGUUACAAAUCUCCCCAGCUCUCUGUGCAUGUGACAGACUUGACCAACAGGCCCAAAAUCCUCAUCCCUGGCGCCCUAGACCCCGGCCACUCCAAAAACCUGACCUGCUCUGUGCCCUGGGCCUGUGAGCAGGGAACACCCCCGAUCUUCUCCUGGUUGUCAGCUGCCCCCACCUCCCUGGGCCCCAGGACUACUCACUCCUCGGUGCUCAUGAUCACCGCCCGGCCCCAGGACCACGGCACCAACCUGACCUGUCAGGUGAAGUUCCCUGGAGCUGGUGUGACUACGGAGAGAACCAUCCAGCUCAAUGUCACCUAUGCUCCACAGAACCCAACAACUGGUAUCUUUCUAGGAGAUGGCUCAGGGAAACAAGAGACCAGAGCAGGAGUGGUUCAUGGGGCCAUCGGAGGAGCCGGUAUUACUGCCCUGCUCGCUCUUUGUCUCUGCCUCAUCUUCUUCAUAGUGAAGACCCACAGGAAGAAAGCAGCCAGGACAGCAGUGGGCAGGAAUGACACCCACCCUGCCACAGGGCCAGCCUCCCCGAAACACCAGAAGAAGUCCAAGUUACAUGGCCCCACUGAAACCUCAAGCUGUUCAGGUGCCGCCCCUACUGUGGAGAUAGAUGAGGAGCUGCAUUAUGCUUCUCUCAACUUUCAUGGGAUGAAUCCUUCCAAGGACACCUCCACCGAAUACUCAGAGGUCAGGACCCAGUGAGGAAGCUACAAGAGCAUCGGGUUCAGCUAGAAGAUCCACAUCCUCUACAGGUCGGGGACCAAAGGCUGAUUCUUGGAGAUUUAACACCCCACAGGCAAUGGGUUUAUAGACAUUAUGUGAGUUUCCUGCUAUAUUAACAUCAUUUUAGACUUUGCAAGCAGAGAGUCGUGGAAUCAAAUCUGUGCUCUUUCAUUUGCUAAGUGUAUGAUGUCACACAAGCUCCUUAACCUUCCAUGUCUCCAUUUUCUUCUCUGUGAAGUAGGUAUAAGAAGUCCUAUCUCAUAGGGAUGCUGUGAGCAUUAAAUAAAGGUACACAUAGAAAAC